AUGCCUUGUAGAGACGAAACCCACGAGCACGAGUGGCCUACCGAAGGCACUCUGCACAUCUGCAGAUGCGAGAUCUUCUGUGGUUACUGUGAUGGAGAAGAUGCCAAAGUGCUAUACAAUUACCCUUGGCACCUGCGCGACCAUAUCAGAAAGGUGCACGCUCGUGCACAGGGUCUGUCUAUCACAGUGAGCCCUCAGCCUCCCAAGGUCCACACUUCCAUCAAGCGCAAACACGCAGAGAUGGAGAACAGCGACACUGAAGAAAACGAAGAUGAAGAUGGGGAUGAGGAGUCUGAACAGAACGAGUCUUCGGGAAGCGAAUAUCAAGAAGCCCAGAACAAGAAAGGAAAGAGCAAGGCAAAGAUUGGAUCUCUUGCCAGAGCACCUUCCGACCCCUUUGUCGCAAACGAUACCGAGGGCGCCAGUUCAAAAACCGCACCUCUUCGCCUUCGCGCUAAAGCUGCUGGCAAACCCAAGAAGAGUUCAUUGGAGGGCCAUGCCGCUUCGUACAAGCCAGUUGGACCAUCAUCACCCAAGCCUCAGCCAACCGUCAUGGGACCUCCACCUACAGUCCUUAUGAACAACUCUACUGGACCUUCUCUUGGACCUUCCCUCAUGCCGCCGCAGCAACAGCUGUAUUUGCAACGCAUGCAGAAUCUCGCAAGAGCCUCCAGUGCACACCUGAACACUAACGGCUCAGGACUUACAAGCCACCCCCAGCACCUCCAGCAGGUUACCAACAAUGGACAGCCUACUGUCGGCAAUGCGAGAUUCCCCACUCCCAGCAUCGGUCCUUUCAAUGGAACCCUAGGUCCUUCGCCGAUGCCUUGCCAUCCGCCUAUGCCUGGUCAGACUUACGGUCGUGUCAAUCCCGCUACCAGCCAACCCAUGAUGCUCAAUCACCUACCAGGCCAAGUCCCUCAGUCGCAGUCGGUCAUCAGAGACUUUUACACCUCGCACCCUCACCUGAUCGCCCCAGCCACUGGCCCUCCUAACCACCAACGUCUUCGCGGCCUAACCACCCACAUGCUCACCCAUGCAAACAUGACCGAACAAAGCGUCAUCAACCACUACCAGCAAGAAAUCGAAUACAUUCGUAGUUUGCAGACCACCCGUCUGAUGACCACAAUCCAGGAACAGAUGUAUGGUGCUAUUGGACAGCAGAUGCGUCAACAACUCAUGCAGCCACCGCUGGAGUUGGAGGGGUUUUUCUUCCGCGUUGUUGAGCAUACUUUGAUGCGCUAUGGUCUGAUUCCUGCUCCUUCGUUGCCACAGGAGAAUCGAAUGAACGGUGGUGCUCAGUUUGGCCAGCAACAGGGUGUUCAAGCUCGUGACUUGCGUCAUGGUCAGCAGCAGCUGGGUCAGCAGAUGGGAGGCCAGAACAACGGUCAACAACCCCAGCGCGUCGUCUCUGGUAGUCAGCAGUCUGCUUCUCAGCCACCCAUGGCACAGCAAGUUGACUCUCGUGAACCUACUCAGGAGAACCAGACUGCCGUGCCUGGCCAGCAGCAGCAGCCCUCAAAGGUCGAGGGCCCUGCUCAGCCCUGA